UAAAGAAGGCAGGAGGGGAGGAGGCGGGGCCACGGGAUGGCCCUUUAAGGGGCCGGCCAUGCGCAGGCCGUCCCCUGAGCAAGCAGGUAGAGAGCGAACGAGAGACGAGCUGCGCCUUCCGCAGUUUUGCCCGGAGAGGCGGAGAGAGCAGAGCGGAGCGUAAAAGCGCAGCAGGCAUCAGCCGCCGCCGACCGUCGUCCCGAAGCAGAAAAAAAGAGAGAGGAGCCCGUAGCGACAGCAAGAGCGCAAGGCCUCCAUCGUCCGACCCCUUCCAGCCUCGGCUCGGCUAUGGGGAAGAUCCAGCUCUUCGAGAUCCGCCUGGGCGACAGCCGCGUCGUCUACAGCCCCGGCGAGCCUCUGACUGGCACGGUCACCGUCCGCCUGGCUGGAGCGCUCCAGUACCGCGCUAUCAAGGUGAGCUGUGUGGGUUCCUGUGGGGUCUCCAGCAAAAUAAAUGACACUGCAUGGACAGUGGAGGAGCAGUACUUCAAUACAACCCUUUCAAUGGCGGAUAAAGGGGUCCUGGCAGCUGGGGAGCACACAUUCCCUUUCCAGUUCCUGCUUCCAGCUUCAGCUCCUACAUCCUUUGAGGGUCCCUUUGGGAAGGUCUUGCACCAGGUCAAAGCUGUAAUAGAGACACCACGGUUUUCCAAGGAUCACAAAUGCAGCAAGAUCUUCUAUGUCCUCUGCCCGCUGAACCUGAAUGACAUCCCCGAGAUUGAGCAGCCAAACACAACGUCGAUCACAAAGAAGUUCAGCUACAAGCUCGUGAAAACUGGCAACGUGGUCCUGACAGCCACCACAGACCUCAAGGGCUACGUGGUAGGGCAGGUCAUCCAGUUGAGGACAGACAUUGAGAACAAAUCAGGCCGGGACACCAGCACCAUUGUAGCCAGCCUCAUCCAGAAAGUUGCCUACAAAGCCAAGCGGUGGAUCUAUGACCUGAGGACCAUAGCGGAAGUGGAGGGUUCACCUGUGAAGGCCUGGAAGCAUGCAGAGUGGAGAGAGCAGAUUCUCGUCCCAGCGCUGCCUCAGUCCAUACUGCAAGGCUGCAGUCUCAUCCAUAUUGACUACUACAUCCAGGUUUCAUUGAAAUCUCCUGAGGUUUCUGUUGCUCUCCCGAUCUACAUUGGCAACAUCGCUGUGAACAGGAUCCCCCUCAACCCAACCCGCUCAGUCCCUCACGUCCCGUCGCCUGUGAUCCCGAGUGCACCGCCGGUGGACGAGGAGGCUGCCGGUGGCUACCACCCCAUGGACAGCAUUUCCAUCCCCACCAAGAGCCACUCCCAGCAGCAGCCUUUCAGCUAUGCACCAGGCUUGAGCUUCCCAGAAGGAAGGCUGGACUCUGAGCAGAGCAGCUCACCCAACCACCCCACACUCUGCCUCUCGACGGGAGCGACGGUCCCUUACUAUGCUGAGGGGACAGUGAUUCCAGUUCCCACAGCCAGCUCCCUCAUCCUGCCUCCGGAGUAUAGCACCUGGGGUUACCCAUACGAGGCACCCCCUUCAUAUGAACAAAGCUGCAGCAGCGCAACCUCCAGCCUGAGCAAUGGCAACUAGCCACGAGCUCACAACUUGAUGUCUGGCAUGCCAAGCUGGGAGAAAGGACAGUACAAAACAUUGCCUGGAGGGGGCGCUCUCCCCCCCAGCAGUAGUUCCCUGGGCCAUGGCUGCCUUGCACAACAAUCUCUUUCCUUGUGCUGUACAGUUCAUCAUCUUACUUGCUGCUUUAUAAUCCAAACACCCGUGAUGCCUUAUCUGAAAUGUGGGAGUCAUCGUGUAUGGAAAGAUAGAGGUGUGUGCAGAUCAGCAUGUGUGUGUGUGUGUGUGAGAGAGAGAGAGAAAGAGAGAGAGAGAA